GUCAAAUAUAAUUAAAGUUAAAAAAUAAAAAUGUGUUGCAUUGAGUUCACCCCGAACACACACAAAAAAAAACAUCCAGUCAUCAUAUAACCUUUAUUUUUUCAGGGUUCCGGGAGGAUAUGCACUCCAUGAUAUCAAGACAGUUAGGCCUACAUUUCACAUUUAUAUUGUGGGACAGAGCAAAAAAAAUGUAGGACUUUUCGAUCUCUCGGGGUUGGGUAGUGGCAUAAGGCAGGCUCUUAGCUAGAUUUCCCAGUUGGGCUCGUAAGAUCUCCGGGUCAUGCAUAGACACAGUUUUUCAUUUGUGACGUUAAACUUUUGGGGGGAGGAAUAUGUCUUGCAUGGUGCGAUGAAGGCAUACGUUGUCAGACAUAUUCCCAAAAAUAUUUUGGAUGCGGCCUAUACAGUAGCAUAAAAGUAGCAUUUUGUUAUGUCUGUCAUUACCAAACUGCCUAAAACGUAGGCUAGAUAAGCCAUGAAUCCAAAACAUUGAUUCAUGAUUUUCUACGUGGUUGUGGGGCAAAAUGUAGGCCUAAUAAAAUGCAUGCGACAAUGUCGAAAAUUGGAUAUGCGCGCUGAUCUGAAGUUAGGAUUCCCCUGGCCCCUCGAUGCCCACCUAUUGUCUUACAUUGCAGAAAUAAAUAAAUAUAUAUUGUAGUCUACAAUAACGAGCCCUGUCACUCCGGUGAAUGGCAAACGAUUCUCUUCACAAUGACUUACACACAAAAAAUAAAACAUUUUAAUAGUUUCCCAUGGUUGCAAUUCACAGCGGAAUUAAAUUAAAGUUACAUACUGUAACUCUAAAUAAUGUCAAUAGAAGCUCUCAAAAAUGUUUUCUUAAAUGUAUCCGUUUUAUGCAACAUUUCGAUCAUUUUCCUUGUAGAAUGAAAAUGAUUUUUUUUUUUAACUUAUUUAAAAACAACAACCAAGGUGGGGCGGUUCAUUGGUUGGAGAGGUAUGCAAUGUGCCGAAAAAGCGCACCGUGAACAUGUCUUGAAUUGACCAAUGGGACAACCCCAUGCCAAACGGGUGGAACCAAUCCCCUAUCGAAUAGGAAUUAAGUGUCAUGUAGAGUUUCACCGUUCACACUUUAACCGAGAUCAAAACUUUGAGAGGUGGAACAACAACGACACUUCAACAUCGUUUUGAUAGGCAACUAACUGUUCAACGUCUGCAAACAACGGGGACACUGGUUCAAAUGGAGAAAUCUACAAAUUUCCGCAUCGAUGCGCUUCUCGCUGUUGACCCGCCGAAGGUGCAGACAUCUCCGCUUGCGCUUGUGACUUCUUUAUCCUCCUCUUCCAUUUCAUCGUCCGGAAGUGUACAAGCCUCAGAAUUGAAUGCCGACUCUUUAAGGACUGAGACUCCGUCUCCACCGAGGAUUUCCUCCUGUGGUUUGAUUCCUAAACCAGGCUUCUUGAAUAGUCCUCACAGUAUUGUUGGAUUACAUCCACAGAGUAGCGCAGGGAUCCCUCCCCAGGCUCUCUACGGCCACCCCAUGUAUACCUACUCCCUCGGGCAGCACCCUGCCCUGUCCUAUUCAUAUCCGCAUGGGUCCCAUCACCACCAUCCCAGCGACUCCCUCAAACUCUCUGCCGGGACUUUUCAGCUCGACCACUGGCUGAGAGUCUCCACAGCGGGAAUGAUGCUACCAAAAAUGCCCGAUUUUAACUGUGAGUAUUCUCAGGCCCAGUCAAACUUGCUUGGAAAGUGCAGAAGACCAAGGACUGCAUUCACAAGUCAGCAGCUCCUGGAGCUCGAGCAUCAAUUCAAACUAAAUAAGUAUCUGUCGCGACCAAAGCGCUUUGAAGUGGCUACAUCCUUGAUGCUGACGGAAACGCAGGUGAAAAUUUGGUUCCAGAACAGGCGGAUGAAGUGGAAACGGAGCAAGAAGGCCAAAGAGCAAGCCGCGCAGGAGACUGAGAAUAAGAAAAACAACAAAAACGGCCAGGAGAAAUCUGACGGACAAGAACAAACGGAUUAUCAAAAGACUGGUUCUGCAAAAAGUAACAGAAUAAGAGACUUCAGGGACAGUGACGAUGAUGAAGGUGGCAACUUCCUGUACAACUCCUCGGAUUGCUCUUCGGACGACGAGAGAAACCACACCAGUGAUAUAAGUCCACAACCUUGAGACCGGGACAAGGAAACGUGCAUUUUUGAAAAACUAUACACUCCUUAAACUACAGCUGCAUUUAGGCCUACAGUAAUAAAAACACGAAAUCCUACCCGGAAAUUCAGAAAUUAAUGAGAAUAAUUUGGAAAAUACAAAUGGAUCAAUCCCUGACUGAGAUUCAGGGUGUGCAGAAUGGCCCUAACAAGCAAGGUCAGAUUGACGUUUUAGAAGGUAGUAUUGAGGUACACUCUGCUAUUUGUAACAUUGCAUGGUUUUAUGUGACAAUGUCAUGUUUUCGCCCAGUUGUUUUAGGACCCUAAUGUCCACUACAAUCAUAUGGGUUCUCCACUAUAGGGGUUAUUAUCAUAAUAUUUUGAUAUGGCGACCAAUUGUAAAUUCAAACAUGCCACAUUUAGCAUUUUCUUUUGUUUCAUGUUUUUGAACAUUGUGAACGUAUGUCAUUGCGUCAUAUAGGCCUACCAUUUACGUGCAGAAAAAUGUUAUGCGUUUAUUUUUGUACACUGUUUAUAAAAUGUCUACACCAAUGCAUGCUAAAUUAUUGUUGACCGUCUCCCAUGGUACAGAGGACAUUAAAUAAAUGUGUUUUGUAAAACGUGGUGUUUUUCAAUGCUGACGACAUAACAUCUAUUAAACACACUUUUCCAAUUAUGGUCCCAUUUUGCAGCCAAUUUGGUCUUAGUUUAGAGGUGAUUAUUUUUCUUUACCUUUAUUUAACUAGGCAAGUCAGUCAAGAACAAAUUAUUA